AAAAGCCUGAUUUCUUACCUGAGUUACAAAAGAGCCACAGCUCCUCACCCACUCACUUGUCUGUCACCUGUCUUUCCUGUGUAGUAAAUAAAUUUACUGAAAUAGCAGAAAAAGGGAACCUUCUCUGCAGCCCUUUGAGGAACUUUGCGGACUUUUCCUUUGUCUGAGAUUGUAAAAGAAGCACCCUGAACUCUAAACCCUGAAAAUCCUGAAAACUGAAUUUCUCCACUUCCCGACCUGCUGUUUGAACAAUAAUGCCCGGAGUUGUGGAUCGCAUGGAGCUUCGGAAAGUCUCCACUGAGGCUGAUGACGACAGCACUGACAGUCUGGAUGACCGCUACACAGAACCCAUCGACUCUGAGAAGGCCACCAUCAACAGCCAAUUCCUGGAUGUUAAUGAUGAUGCAGAAAGCCAGAAGUUCCUGUCAAAUGGCAUGAUGAAGAAGAAGAAAUAUGAGGAAUACCAUGAAGAAUAUCAUCCUGGUCACGCUUCCUUCGGCAUGUCUGUCUUCAACCUGAGCAACGCCAUCAUGGGCAGUGGCAUCCUCGGCCUGUCUUUCGCCAUGGCAAACACUGGCAUUGUUCUCUUUACAGUCCUGCUCGUCGCUGUGGCCAUCCUCUCCUUAUACUCUGUACACCUGCUGCUUGUGACAGCUAAGGAAGGAGGAUCCCUCAUUUAUGAGAAGCUGGGAGAGAGAGCAUUUGGUUGGCCUGGGAAAAUGGCAGCAUUCGGAUCUAUUAUCAUGCAAAACAUCGGAGCCAUGUCUAGCUACCUCUUUAUUGUGAAGUAUGAGCUGCCAGAAGUGAUCAGAGCCUUCCUGGGCUUAGAAGAAAACUCUGGUGAAUGGUACCUGAACGGAAACUACCUGGUGGUGUUUGUGUCCGUCGGAAUCAUUCUGCCUCUGUCUCUCCUCAAAAAUCUGGGCUACCUGGGCUACACCAGUGGAUUUUCCCUUUCCUGCAUGGUCUUCUUCCUGGGCGUGAUGAUCUACAAGAAGACCCAGCUGCCCUGCCCGCUCCCGUUCUUUUACGGCUCGUCGUACAACCUCAGCACGAACGCGUCGCACAUGUCGGGGCUGUACACGCUACAAAACAACUCAGCACAGGUGGAUUUCUCCCGGGCUGAUGUUUCCCCGGCGGUCAUCGGCAGUCAUGACGCCCAUCACUCCACAGGAGUCCACUUCGAGCCUCAUCCUGAUGACGAAGAGAUGUGUACGCCCAAAUACUUUGUCUUCAAUUCACAGACAGCGUACACUGUACCCAUCCUGGCGUUUGCCUUCGUCUGCCAUCCUGAGGUGCUGCCUAUCUACAGUGAGCUGAAAGACCGUAGCCGGAAAAAGAUGCAGAACGUCUCCAACCUGUCCAUCUUGGCCAUGCUCAUUAUGUACAUGCUGUCGGCACUAUUUGGCUACCUCACGUUUUAUGGUAAUGUGGAGGCAGAGCUGCUCCACACCUUCACCAAAGUCUAUAAGUUUGACACCAUGUUGCUGAUGGUGCGUCUGGCUGUCCUCACCGCUGUCACGCUGACUGUCCCCAUCGUGCUUUUCCCUAUCCGCUCCUCCAUCACCACGUUGCUGUUCAGCGGUCGAGAGUUCAGCUGGACUCGCCACAUGCUCAUCGCCGCUGCCAUCCUAGCCUUCAACAACAUGCUGGUUAUCUUCGUUCCUACCAUCAGGGACAUCUUCGGCUUCAUCGGUUCUUCUGCAGCCACAUUGCUCAUCUUCAUCCUCCCUGCUGCUUUUUACCUCCGCCUGGUAAAGUCGCUGCCAUUUCGCUCCCCGCAGAAGAUUGGGGCGGCCAUCUUCCUGGUUGUGGGAAUCAUCUUCAUGAUUGGCAGCUUGUCACUCAUCGUCCUUGACUGGAUCCACAACCCUCCAGGCUCCAGCGGCGGCCACUAAACCCAGUUUCUUUCUUCUCACAGAGUGCAGCCAGCCUCACCUCUUCAUCUGGCAUCUCUUCUGGUUUACCUUGGUCUUUGGUUCCCUUCACUUCAUCAGAUCAUCGCAAAACCUUUAACAUAUGGACAUACUGGGCUGCACCAAGUUAAGACAUCCGUUUGUCCCCAGAGUUUAUAUUUUGUUCGGCUUUUUUGGAUGUGACAACACAAACGAUAUUCUUAUAUUCAAUAUUCUUAUUACCCUCAAUGAAGGCACAGAACAAACUCACUCUGCAGCCCUCACCUGAAGCAGAUCUGUGAACUGUGACUUGCAAGGCUGGAACGAUGAUGCAAGUCCAUCAGUCCUUUGAACUUGAAAGAGACAUUUGGAGGUGGAGUGUGUCGUCAUCCGUGGAAAAGGAGCACUUCUAGCAUUAUGUUUCACUUUGUUUGUAGAGCUAACACAUAUAUCAACAUCAGUAUUUAUGCUACUGUCCAUAAAAAUGCCUAAAAUGUAUCAAGCAGUCAGAUCAUCUCAAUCGACAUUUAAUCAGUAACUCAGUUCAGUCUUUUAUUCGGGAAAAUGUGGUUUAAUUUAAUCAGAAGCUUUGCCAAAGUCUGCACGCACAUACAGAUUUAGCUGGUAGGUUCAUGCUAGAGCUUUCCAGCUUCACAUUCUCAAGGAUCCUUCUUGACAGUCGUUUUUAUCUCAGCUGUGCACAUGAAGCCAGGAGGUACUUUCAGUAUUACUGUCACGGAGGGAUCUGACCAUGUAAGGUAUGAAUGUACAGAAUUAAGUUUAUCCACUGAAAAAAUGACGGUUGUACAUAAUGUCUUCCUUCGCCUCUUAAGGUCAUUUGUCAUCCAGGUUGUAUGAAGUUACAUGAUAAUUAUCAACAACCAGUUUAUACACACCUGCUGGAAUAACUGAUUAGGCAUUUAAUAUAGGGCCACACAGGUCAACAUACGGAACAAUAUGUUCUUAUUUUUAUAAAUAAUUAGCAAAAAUGUGUACAAAAAAAACACACAUUUUAAAAAUGCAGUUUGGACAACUGAAAAAUUAAUCAAAGCCAGUAGAGACAAAUAUGGAAUUGCUGACUUGAAUAUUCAUAUCAUAAAUGGAGUGUAUUUCCUUUCAACAUGUUAAGAUUAUAGCACAAAAAUUUAAAAACGUGCCAAACUAGCAUCAUUGCCGCUGAAUAAGAACCUUCCGUCUCCCCCAAAACUGUCAUUAAAUGUAGGAAAAGCUUCUUUUAUUUUCAGUGUAAUUAUCUGCUAUUCAGGUUACAAGAAUAGUUGAAUAUUUGUAGGAAUACAUAAAUGUCAGAAGAGAAAAUUUGUACCACUCAUGUAAUGCUAAAUAUGUAGCUAACAUUACGACUAGCAGGCAGUCAGCUUUUCAAACAUAGAAAACAGCUACUAAGUUCUCAUGAAACAACAAUUCUGUAUUCACUGCUUGGUUUUCAUUUAAAUGAAACUAAUGGAAUGUAACAUUUCAGUUACUACGCUUCAGAAGUCCUGAUUGGUAGAUUUGAACUUGAGCCAUUCAGGCUAAAUGUCAUCCUCGUUUUCAGUCGUCCUGCUAGUCUUAGCUAACUCCUAACUAGCGUCAUGUUUUGCAUUCAAAGAUGAGUGGCAUCAAUGUUCUCAUCUCAUUCACAGCAAUAAAUUGAAUCACUUCUUUUUUGAUUUCUUUAAACAAUGGUGAUUUGGAAGAAGCGGCAAGGUAAAUGAUAUUACAGACAUUGUGAUGGCUGACAGAGGAGCUAACCAGAGUAUUGGUACCGAGAGGACCUGACUCAAGUACAAGACAGUUCAAAAUUUGUUACACAUGAGUUACUACCUUUGUUUCGUUGUCAAGAAAAAUAAUCACACUCAUUGAGUUCAUUCUGUUCUAACCUAAUAUACACAUUUGAACAUUUCCUUAUACCUUUCACCUAACCUUUGAAUCAAGCAUAAAUUGUGACAGCUAGCUUAUAAAUUGUGCCUUCUGGAUCCCUGUCAUCAUAAUUGGUUUCUCAGACAGGUCCGUUUAGUGGAAUAGUUGAUGACGACAUCCAAGCCUCAGAUCUGUCUUGUUCCACCUCUUCUCCCAGCCAAAGUGGACAACAUUUAUAGAUCCUGUGUGGAUCUAUGUACAUGAAGCAAAUAGAUAUUUCAAAUGAAAUAGUAUAUUAUGUGCAUGUUUUUGGACUACAAACAUGGUCUUUUUGGACAAAUUGUAUAUGCUCUGUAAAUAAUCUUUAUUUUAUGGUACACUGACACUCAUUACCUGUGAGUGGGUUGUUGGGGGAUUCUACCUGACAAGUCUUCUGCAAACCAGUGUUUGUUUUAGUAUAUAUAUAAAUAUAAAUAUAUAUAAAACGUGUAUUACACUUUUUUUCUCUUGCUGUAUGACAAUAGAUUUUUUUCCUUUAUUUGAUGCUUGUAUAUUUGUAGAAAAUUUGUUCCCUCUGUAUGCAUUUUCUUGUUUUAAUGAUGACUUCUCAAAUCAGGAUGUAUUAAUCAACAACCUACUGCUUAACACGGUUUCCCCAGAGGUCUCUGAAAUAUGGCAUCAGGUUUCUGAGACUCACUGGCUUCUGCUGACCAACACUGGGUUACAAAUUAAAACCACAAGUAAGCAGCAUGCAUGUGUUUUGGAACACACUGAUGUUAACAGAAGCAAGACGAGAUUCAGAAAGUAUUACGUGACCACACUACGGGAAGGUUCCUACAGAACGCCUUAAUCAUUUCAGAGAAAAGCUGAACCUUUCAUGUUAGCUCGUUCUACAGACCUACCAGGACAAUCGUACAGUUUUAGUUCAAACCUUGCUGUGGCUUACAACACAUCUCGCUGCUGUCAUUGAAAAUUUUUUACAACUCAGUCUUGGUGAGGUUUUAUUUCCAUGACGAUACUUGAAUAUAAGCUUUCCACAGCUUGAUAACGUCAGCAGGCUUCACGACCGAAGGGUCCACGACCGAAGGGUCCACUUGGCCCAUUCUCUAUGAAUGUUUAACAAUGGAUUGUUCUCACUUUAAAAGUCUAUAUCACUUUCUCUCAAUUCAGUUUAUGAAUGUUUUAUUGCAACUUCAUUAGCCUCCCACCAUAGGCAGUCCACAUAAGAGCUUUGUCUCUUCCUCGGGUUGGGAUUCAUCUCUUUUAAAGGCUCAUGUUACAAAGAAAGGCGAGAGGCAGCAGUUUUAUAUCAGUCCUUCUUACACUACACCUCGAUCCACUUUAGUAUCUCAGGUAUUUGAUCUAGAUGAAUUUUCCUCUCACUCAUGAAUCGCUUCAUAUCUCUUCACCUCCUUUGCAUGAUUGAGCCAAGCUGUACAAGACUGUUGUAUAUUGUGCUGGCCGGGGUGAGAAGCUUUCUUGUGGAUUUGUAAAGCUGACACGUUUUCAGCUUAAUGCUGACAGUGUUUUGAAAGUAGAUGUACAGAACCACCAGCCUUAUUUUUCUAUGGACCCUCAGCCGUGGAGAAGCACUGCUUGUGUUUCUGCUGUUCACAGUGUCUCUGCUCCCUGUGGACCAGGCUGAAUAUUCAGAUUUGUAAUUUUACUGAAACAAAGGGGAUGUUUUUUGUAUCAGUGAUGCUGUUUCAUUAUGAUGAACAAUAAAAAUGUGAAAUGAAAA